CGGGGUCCCCGCGGGCUGGCACUCCGGCGGCCGCGGCGCGAUGGAGGCGCCGGCCGAACUGCUGGCCGCGCUGCCCGCGCUGGCCACGGCGCUGGCGCUGCUGCUCGCCUGGCUGCUGGUGAGGCGCGGGGCGGCCGCGAGCCCGGAGCCCGCGCCCCCGGCCGAGGCCCCCGGGACCCCCGCGCCGCCCGGCCCCUGCGCCCCGGAGCCGGCGGCCGCGCCGGAGGACUCGGGGGAGCUCGAGGGCCCGGGGGAGCGCGCGGCGGCGCCGGCGGAGGCGGAGGCGGAGGAGCAGGCCGCCGAGGCCAGGCAGGAAGAGGAGCAGGAGCAUGAUGGCCAGGAGGACCCACCCCGAGCAGAGCCUGAGGAGGAAGAUGGGGGAGAGGUCUUCUCCUUUAAAUACAGCCCCGGGAAGCUGCGGGGAAACCAGUACAAGAAGAUGAUGACCAAAGAGGAGCUGGAGGAAGAACAGAGAGUGCAGAAGGAGCAGCUGGAGGCCAUCUUCAAGCUCAUGAAGGACAACAAGGAGACGUUUGGGGAGAUGACAGACGGCGACGUGCAGGAGCAGCUCCGGCUCUACGACAUGUAGGCCGCCUCCGCCCGCGAGGCCCCGUCCCUGACUUGCCGGCUGCGGCAGGCUCGCUCACUCGCUCUCGCGUCUGUAGCUGUAGAGGCGCUACACACGGGCCAUGCGGUUCCCAAAACUUAGGCAUGGUUUUCCAGCAAUC